GGUGAGUCCACUGCACUAGCGCACGCCGCGGACGGUGGAUUUAACGUUGCUGCGCCUUCUCCCCAUCCGCACGCACUCUAUUGCUCCUCCUGCCCAUUCCAGCCCGAGCGCCUGCCUGCGGCUCCUUCCGGCGCUGUCUCAGUGCGGGUUCUUGAGCACUAUCUUCCGAGCUGCAUCCACAAAUCCCACGCUUACUCCUUGCAUUCAACGCCGACGUACCCACUGGUCUCCAAGACCGACAAUGUCAGACUAUAUUACGCCGUUGAAUGUCCUCGCGGGCGUCAUAGUCCUCGUCGCAUCCAGCUUCAUCAUGCCUGAGUUCCGCGAAAUGGCAAAGGUGACCCUCUUCGGGUCGGGCAACAAGGGCGGCGCGAAGUUCACGCCUGCAAAAGAUAUCCCCUCGCUGGCGGACAAGGUCGUGCUCAUCACUGGUGCCGCGGGGGACCUGGGUCGCCAGACUGCCAUUGAACUCGCAAAGUAUGGACGCCCGGCGCGCAUAUACGUCGCUGACCUGCCGCGGGGGGAUGUAGAGAAGAAGGCUGUUAUCGAGCGCAUCACGCGCGAGGCGUACGAGCAAGAGAAAGACGCCACGACACCGAGAACAGAAGUCCGCUUCCUCGACCUGGAUCUGACCUCGUUUGACAGCGUGCGAGCGUGCGCCGCUGAAUUCGUGGCCAAAGAAGAGCGGCUGGAUAUCCUGUUCCUCAACGCGGGCAUCAUCCGCGUCGCAAAGGGGACCACGAAGGAGGGCUACGAAGUCCACUUCGGCCUCAACUAUCUGGGGCACGCGCUCCUUGCCAAACUCCUCAUCCCGACGCUCGAGAAGACCGCACCAGCAGCCUCGAAACCCCGCGUCGUCGUCGUCUCAAGCGAGGGCCACGCCAUGGCACCCAAGGGUGGCAUCCAGUUCGACAACCUGAAGGGCGAAUGCGCAGCCAUGGACUACUCCCAACGCUACGGCCAAUCCAAACUCGCCCUCAUCCACCUCACCCGGCACCUCUCCACGCUCCACCCCUCUCUCACCACCGCCGCCGUGCACCCCGGCCGCAUCCUCACCGGCAUGGCCGACGCCCUGAAAAAGGAAUCCCUCCUCGUCAAGCUCACCGCGCCCAUCGCGCCCUUCUUCUGCGUGCCCGUGUCCGUGGGCAUCAUUAACCACUUGUGGGCGGCUACCAGCCCCGACGUGGUCAGCGGGUCUUACUACGAGCCUGUGGGUGUGCCGGGGAAGGAGAGCGCGUUGGCGAGGGACGAAGCGUUGGGAAAGAGGUUGGUGGAGUGGACGGAGGAGCAGGUCAAGGAUGUGAAGCCUUUGGCGUAAGGCAGGCUUGGGAUGGUGGUGUGCAUGGGGCGAAUGUACUGGAUUGGAUGUGCUGGAUGCGAUGGAAUAGAAUGUAGAAUACCCUACCUGCUGUAUAACAAAUACUUGUCCACGACUUU